AUGAUCAAGAGUCUACUCAUCGAUGCGGAGGAGAAACAGAUAAAAACGCAAGGAGUGAAGGAAUGGCUGGAUGGACUCAACGAUCUGGCUUUUGAAACCGMAGACAUAUYGGAGGAAUAUGUUGCACAUGUUCUUACAAUGGAAUCGCAAGCAAACCAGGUGUGCUGCCUCAUCCCUUGUUGUAGUCCAAAGGUUAUUGUUGCUAAACAUAGGAUAGAAAGACGAAUUGAGGAAAUCCACAAAAAACUAGAUGAGCAUACAAAUUAUCCAAUUGUGCUGAGGUUGGAUAGGAGUAUGCUAAAUGGGCGAAGAAUCGAAAUCAUAAGAGAUAGGGCUUGGGCUUCUAAUUUCCAGGAGUCUUACUUCUAUGGUCGAGAGACCGACAAGGGCAAUAUUAUCACCACCCUGUUGACGUCAGAUGGUCCUAUUGAAACAAAUUUUGGAGUGCUUCCCAUAGUUGGUAUGGGUGGCUUAGGUAAAACCACCCUUGCUCAGUCUGUCUAUAAUGAUGUUAGSGUARAARAGCAUUUCGMCGUUAGAGCGUGGGUCURCGUGUCUSAAGAAWUUGACUGUGCUAAAAUAACAAAAGACAUUAUUGAAUCGCUCACCGGGCAACCAUGUAGUUUUACAGGCCUAGACACACUCCAAAUCCAACUUAAGAACAAUCUGAUUGGCAAGAGAUUUUUUAUUGUCCUGGAUGACAUCUGGAAUGAGAAAAGGGAACUAUGGGAGCAAUUACGAACACCGUUAAUGUUUGGAGAAAAGGGAAGUAAAGUCUUAGUUACAACACGAAAUGAAAAAGUUUCACUUGUCAUGGGUACCCUUCCUGUUCACCGCCUACAAGUCUUAGAAAAUGAAUAUUGUUGGUCAAUAUUCAAGCAACGUGCAUUUGUUGAUGAUACUGUUGUUCUGGGAACAUAUCCGCAUCUGGAAGAAAUCGGUCGGAAAAUUGUAGAGAAAUGURAAGGCGUGCCUCUUGCCGUAAWGKYAMUAGGARGCMUUUUACRUUMUAAWGUYRAAAWRRSGKACUGGRAAUUUGUCUUGACUAGCRWMAYAWGGGAGCWAGAAAAUGAUGAAAACGGUAUAAUGCCUGCUCUACGCUUGAGCUAUCACCAUCUCCCAGCGCAUCUGAAAAAAUGCUUUUCUUAUUGUUCCAUAUUCCCUAAAGACCAUUUCUUUGAGAAAGAGGAGUUGAUUUUGCUAUGGAUAGGGGAGGGUUUUAUACUUCCCCGAGAAAAUAGACAAAUGGAAGACAUCAGUAGGGACUAUUUUGAUGAGCUAUGUUAUAGGUCACUUUUCAAAAUGUCUGGGCGUUUAAAUAAAAGUGGUGAACCAAUGUUUGUGAUGCACGACCUCAUCCACGAUUUAGCACAAUCUAUUUUAAAGGAUGUCUAUUUGAGAAUGGAACAACACCAUAAUGAUAGAUUGUGGAACAACAUUGGUACAAGGGCUCGUUAUUUGUCAUUAUUUCUUAACAGAGAUGAUUACACGGCAGAAAGAUUGGACGCCUUGUUCCAAGUUAGGUCUCCACGCACAUUUCUACUACGUGGACCUUCCGACUAUAGGGUAGAGAUUCCAUGCGUUGUAACAAACCUUCACCGUUUAUUUGAUGCAUGGAGAUGCUUACGUGUGUUGUGUUUGCGCAAUCUAUACUUCGGUAAUAAAGGCUUGUCUGAUAUGAUCGAAUUCCACAAGAAAAUAGAAGACGGAAUGGAGUCGGCCAUUUGA